UUACUAUGAGAAUCGAUCCUUUGGGAAGGACUUUGAGCAAACCCUUGAGAACCGCGAUGUGGCUAAUUGUGAUUGACUGCUGAAUAAAUAUAAAAGCUAUUUUUUUUUUCUUCUUCAUUUUUCCUUUCUUUCUUCUCCGUCUUUCUUCUCUCUCGAAACAGAAGGGCGACUCGAUGGCGAUUGACACACCAAACCGGAAAAUCAGUGGAUUCACCUCGAAUCCUUUGAUUUUUCCGGCUAAAACUGGAGGGUUUUUGGUUGAGGAAGACGAUGGCCACUCCGAUCGGCUUAACCGUAAUAUGUGACGCGGCGGUUGCAACUCAGAGAGAAAGAUGGUUACCUUCGGGAAGAAGCUCAAGGAACGGAGCAUUCAAGAAUGACAAGGAUAUUACAUCAAUUACAAACUGAUGCUUGACAACACCGUGGAGGAGUUCCUCGGCUUAGAGUGAUGCCUGAUGAUGAAGUUGCGCUUUUGGAGUUUGGUGACUUCCUUGGUGGUUCUGGAAAUAAUCACAUUGAUCAUCAUCGAGAUAUGCGAUUGGACAUCGAGGAAAUGUCUUAUGAGGACCUGCUUGCGUUGAGUGAGCGAAUUGGAACCGUAAACACUGGUUUGCCAGAGGAAGAUGUCAAGAAUCAUUUGAAAACAAGAACAUGUUCUGGAAUCAACCUUGACAUGUGAAACCUACCAUAGGAGAGAAGAACAACACAAACAUGCAAUAUGAUAUAGAAUAUACCUGGUUGGUGGCCUCAACAGUUCUUGAUCAAAUCAAAUAAACACAAGAAGAGUAGGCUGCAAAAGAAGUAAACAUAUUUUAUUAAUUAUUAAAAUAAAACAUGCCUGUAAAAGCUUGGGUAGAGUAGAGAUCGAUUGCCUGACUGAUCGUCCCACCUUUUCGACAAAGCGAGGCAAACUUGAGCCAAGUUUCUCAUUCUUUAGUUUAUUUUAAGCAUUAUGUAUUGUGUAAUCUAACAGGAGGAGAUAAUUUAAGUUACUUACUUGUGUUGUUGUUGAGAAGAAACAAAGACCUGUUU